GUUGUUGCGGCAGUGAUGCUCUCUGGCCACUAUUCAUUACCACCCUGUAAUAUAUCCCAGCAUCAGCAGAUAUACACCAGGGACUACACCAACUUGUGACAUAUAAACCGGAAUAUUCUCAUACAAGAUACUGUCACAGGAGCAAUAGAAUAGAAAGUAUUUAUGCAGCAGCGGCAGUAACGUUGCUGUCUGCAGGUUGAGGCAGCACUCUCAGGCUACGGAGGGAGCGAUACAGAACGAUACAGCACCGUUAUAAUACUACCUAUGUGCUGUAUAUGUCUAUGUCAUACAGGCAUGUGAUAUAGGAUUGCGAUACAAGGGUGUGAUACAAGAGUCAUACAAUGAUGUGAUAUGGGGAUGUGAUACGAGGAUGUGAUACAAGGAUGUGAUACAGGAAUGUGAUACCAGAAUGUAAUACCACAGUGAGCCCAAGGAUGUUGUGCACAAUAUAACACUACAGGGUUCUUCCCAUGGUGUCAUUGUGGAGUGUGGUAAUUGAAUAGAUUGUUCUUGAAGGAAUUAAGGUCAGUCAACAGCCAUGAAAUGUCUUAACUUUAACACACUAGCAUGUACAAACUCUUAAAGCAUCUCCUGUUUAAUCAUUUGUGAGUAGAAGCCCCAGACAGUGUAGCAGAUUAACUCGGGGGAACUCAACUAUAUUGCACGCAGAAUCUCAGACAAAUUAACUAAAGCAGUUAACUAUUGAAGACAUUGAAUAAAUCAUUCUGAUGCUGGGUUUUUUACACCAUGUCGGUUUAAGUGCAUUCUGGGAUAAAACCAAGGAAAAUGGCUGCUGAAAAACUCACGACCCAACCUGUCACCAGUAGUUACAUCUAUCAACAGCAACUCUGACAAGCUGGACAGGAAUACAAUAUUUUGACUGCAGUGUGAGAUGUUUGACGAAUUAAGGGAAGGAUAGCCUUGCACCUCGACUGUUCUAUCGUUAAUGCUUAAAUACAAUGUCAUCCAGUUUCAGUGGCUGCAGAAUGUGGUUCUGGAGCAUUACUCAUUCCAUCUAGGGUGACUUCAUACCACAAGAUUCAUGGUGUUUCUCUCUGUUGAUAAUUGAAACGUGUGUGACAUAGUCGAAGGGAUUCAAAACCACAAGAUUCAUGGUGUCUCUCUCUGUUGAUACUUGAAACGUGUGUGACAUAGACGAAGGGAUUCAAAACCACAAGAUUCAUAGUGUCUCUCUCUGUUGAUACUUGAAACGUGUGUGACAUAGAUGAGGGGAUUCUAAACCACAAGAUUCAAGGUGUCUCUCUCUGUUGAUACUUGAAACGUGUGUGACAUAGACGAAGGGAUUCUAAACCACAAGAUUCAUGGUGUCUCUCUCUGUUGAUACUUGAAAAGUGUGUGACAUAGACGAGGGGAUUCUAAACCACAAGAUUCAUGGUGUCUCUCUCUGUUGAUACUUGAAACGUGUGUGACAUAGACGAAGGGAUUCUAAACCACAAGAUUCAAGGUGUCUCUCUCUGUUGAUACUUGAAACGUGUGUGACAUAGACGAGGGGAUUCUAAACCACAAGAUUCAAGGUGUCUCUCUCUGUUGAUACUUGAAACGUGUGUGACAUAGAUGAAAGGAUUCUAAACCACAAGAUUCAAGGUGUCUCUCUCUGUUGAUACUUGAAACGUGUGUGACAUUGACGAGGGGAUUCUAAACCACAAGAUUCAUGGUGUCUCUCUCUGUUGAUACUUGAAACGUGUGUGACAUAGAGGAAGGGAUUUGAAACAACAGGAUUCAUGCUGUCACUGUCUGUUGAUAAUUUAAACGUGUCUGACAUAGGCGAGGUGAGUUCAUACCACAGGAUUUAAGGUGUCAUAGUCUGUGCUGAUACUUGAGACUGUGUGCAAAGUGUAUGAUGAAUGUCGCCACUGUCAAUUGUCGCGAAUGUUUGUGACACGGGCGAGAUGAGUCUGAAUGUCAGCAUCGUCGGCAUGGGGGUGGAAAUCGGUCUGUCAUCCUUGGGAGUCCUUCUCAUCCUCAUCACAAUCAUGAUUCUGAGAAAGAAGCCACUGAAGUCAGCGUACACGCAGAUUCUGGUAAACACGGCGUUGCUCGACAACAUCUUCCUCCUGAGCCUCCUUGCCAGCAACAUCCUGUACCUCUCCUCCACUGCCAAGCUGCUCCCGAUACAGCCCUUGAUGUCAAUGAUACCGUUCGUGCCACUGACCUUGACCUUCUUGACGGCGGAGGUGUACAUGGUGGCUGUGUUGAUGAUCAAGAAGGUAAUUGCCCUGUUGGAACCGGGCAGGUUUGAGCAGUGUUUGAGUGAGAGAAAGACUUUAUUUAUUGUGAUUAGUGUGUGGGUGUUGUCAGCGAGUUAUAACCUGCCCCACUGGUGGGCUUACAUGCCAGCCGCCUUCAGCAGUCAACGACAGAACUUCACCUGGCCACAUCUAUGGAGGGACGACAGCGACAAGUUUAAAGGAUCAUAUUUCUAUAAGAGAGUAUACGGCUUGUAUCUUCUGUGUGUGUUUGAGCUUCUUGUUCCAAUAUCUGUGUUCAUCGCCGGAUUGGUGUUGUUGCAUAAUUCGAGGAAUUCCAGACUGGAGGAUGAUGAGGAUUCAUUAAAAAGUCUCGAUCGGAGACAAUGGGCGAUGAUGAACCGUAGCCUGUCGACUCCGAUCUGGUACAUCGUGAUGUUGACUCUGUUGUCCAGGCUGGUGACAGCGUGUUUCCUCAUUGCCAGAGGGCCCAAGUACUGCCCUGAAGUUCACGCCUGCUUAUUUUCUGAGAAUAUUGUUAGACUCCUGUAUAUAUGUAAUGCUUUCAUCAAGUUUCUUAUAUAUGUGUUCUGUCUUCCAAGUUUUAGAAAAGCAAUUCAGGUGGCCUUUAGCUGUACAUUACAACGCACACAUCGGGCACAGCAAGUCUAGAUAGAGACCCUUUGUUUAACAUUACAACACACACAUUUGGGGAAGCAAGUCUAGACCUGUAGGUUCUUCUAGUGAUCCACUGUUUAACAUUACAGACUAAUAUACCAGUGUUUAACAUUACAACACACCUGGGGAGAUGCAAGUCUAGGUUCUUCUAGUGACCCACUGUUUAAUAUCACUAUACACACAUCGAGGGAAGCAAGUCUAGACCAGUUGGUUCUUCUAGUGACCCUUUGUUUAACAUUACAACACACACAUUUGGGGAAGCAAGUCUAGACCUGUAGGUUCUUCUAGUGACCCUUUGUUUAACAUUACAACAAACACAUCGGGGAAAGCAAGUCUAGACCUGUAGGUUCUUCUAGUGAGCCUUUGUUUAACAUUACAACACACACAUCGGGGGAAGCAAGUCUAGACCUGUAGGUUCUUCUAGUGACCCUUUGUUUAACAUUACAACAAACACAUCGGGGAAAGCAAGUCUAGACCUGUAGGUUCUUCUAGUGACCCUUUGUUUAACAUUACAACAAACACAUCGGGGAAAGCAAGUCUAGACCUGUAGGUUCUUCUAGUGACCCUUUGUUUAACAUUACAACACACACAUUUGGGGAAGCAAGUCUAGACCUGUAGGUUCUUCUAGUGAGCCUUUGUUUAACAUUACAACAAACACAUCGGGGAAAGCAAGUCUAGACCUGUAGGUUCUUCUAGUGACCCUUUGUUUAACAUGACAACAAACACAUCAGGGAAAGCAAGUCUAGACCUGUAGGUUCUUCUAGUGAUCCUUUGUUUUACAUUACAACACACACAUCAGGGGAAGCAAGUCUAGACCUGUAGGUUCUUCUAUUGAUCCACUGUUUACCAUUACAACACACACAUUUGGGAAAGCAAGACUUGACCUGUAGGUUCUUCUAGUGAUCCACUGUUUAACAUUACAACAGACACAUCGAGGGAAGCAAGUCUAGACCUGUAGGUUCUUCUAGUGACCCUUUGUUUAACAUUACAACAAACACAUCGGGGGAAGCAAGUCUAGACCAGUUGGUUCUUCUAGUGACCCUUUUAAACAUGACAACAAACACAUCAGGGAAAGCAAGUCUAGACCUGUAGGUUCUUCUAGUGAUCCUUUGUUUUACAUUACAACACACACAUCAGGGGAAGCAAGUCUAGACCUGUAGGUUCUUCUAGUGAUCCUUUGUUUACCAUUACAACACACACAUUUGGGAAAGCAAGACUUGACCUGUAGGUUCUUCUAGUGAUCCACUGUUUAACAUUACAACAGACACAUCGGGGGAAGCAAGUCUUGACAUGUAGGUUCUUCUAGUGACCCUUUGUUUAACAUUACAACACACACAUUUGGGAAAGCAAGUCUAGACCUGUAGGUUCUUCUAGUGACCCUUUGUUUAACAUUACAAAACACACAUCAGGGGAAGCAAGUCUAGACCUGUAGGUUCUUCUAGUGACCCUUUGUUUAACAUUACAACACACACAUUUGGGGAAGCAAGUCUAGACCUGUAGGUUCUUCUAGUGACCCUUUGUUUAACAUUACAACAAACACAUCGGGGAAAGCAAGUCUAGACCUGUAGGUUCUUCUAGUGAGCCUUUGUUUAACAUUACAACAAACACAUUUGGGGAAGCAAGUCUAGACCUGUAGGUUCUUCUAGUGACCCUUUGUUUAACAUUACAACAAACACAUCGGGGAAAGCAAGUCUAGACCUGUAGGUUCUUCUAGUGAUCCUUUGUUUAACAUUACAACAAACACAUUUGGGGAAGCAAGUCUAGACCUGUAGGUUCUUCUAGUGACCCUUUGUUUAACAUUACAACACACACAUUGGGGGAAGCAAGUCUUGACCUGUAGGUUCUUCUAGUGACCCUUUGUUUAACAUUACAACAGACACAUCGGGGGAAGCAAGUCUAGACCUGUAGGUUCUUCUAGUGACCCUUUGUUUAACAUUACAACACACACAUUGGGGGAAGCAAGUCUUGACCUGUAGGUUCUUCUAGUGAUCCUUUGUUUGACAUUACAACACACACAUCGGGGGAAGCAAGUCUAGACCUGUAGGUUCUUCUAGUGAUCCUUUGUUUGACAUUACAACACACACAUCAGGGGAAGCAAGUCUAGACCUGUAGGUUCUUCUAGUGAUCCUUUGUUUGACAUUACAACACACACAUCGGGGGAAGCAAGUCUAGACCUGUAGGUUCUUCUAGUGAUCCUUUGUUUGACAUGACAACACACACAUCGGGGGAAGCAAGUCUAGACCUGUAGGUUCUUCUAGUGACCCUUUGUUUAACAUGACAACACACACAUCGGGGGAAGCAAGUCUAGACCUGUAGGUUCUUCUAGUGACCCUUUGUUUAACAUGACAACACACACAUCGGGGGAAGCAAGUCUAGACCUGUAGGUUCUUCUAGUGACCCUUUGUUUAACAUUACAACAGACACAUCGGGGAAGCAAGUCUAGACCUGUAGGUUCUUCUAGUGACCCUUUGUUUAACAUUACAACACACACAUCAGGGGAAGCAAGUCUAGACCUGUAGGUUCUUCUAGUGAUCCACUGUUUAACAUUACAACACACACAUCAGGGAAGCAAGUCUAGACCUGUAGGUUCUUCUAGUGAUCCACUGUUUAACAUUACAACACACACAUUUGGGAAAGCAAGUCUAGACCUGUAGGUUCUUCUAGUGAUCCUUUGUUUGACAUUACAACACACACAUCGGGGGAAGCAAGUCUAGACCUGUAGGUUCUUCUAGUGACCCUUCGUUUAACGUUACAACACACACAUCAGGGGAAGCAAAUCUAGACCUGUAGGUUCUUCUAGUGACCCUUCGUUUAACAUUACAACACACAUAAUUGCUCUUUUUUCAAAUAAUUAGACUCUUGCCAGUAAGGAGAGACCAAUUAAUUUUAAUGCAUGGAUGCAAAAUGAAAAAUAAACAAGGAGAAGAAAUAUGUAAUUUCAAAUACGUUUUUGAAACAUCUCAUUAUUUGAAUUAUUGUUUAUAUAUUAAUAUUAAUUACGUAAUACAUAAGUAUUAAAAUGGUAAAAAUGUAGGUUUAUUUGAGGUUAACAU